AUGAUUGGAAAAUUAAUUUUGCUCGGUAUUAUUUCGAGUGUAUCCUCGCAAAUGCUUCAUCAUAUGAUGACGCCAGAGGAACUGAACAAUAUAUUCUCAGUAAAAAAUACUGCUGAAGUGCCAACUUAUGAUGUUGUACCUGUUUCUAUAACAAAACCGCGAAAUCGUCGCUACACUGGUCUACACCUCACUACAACACGUUUUGGGGAAAAUCUUAAAUUAUGGUUAAAUCCCAUAGAUGGAAUUUUAGUCGGUGAAAAUGUACCGAUUCUGGCACUUCAUUACAAUCCAGCAAAUCCAUCCGUACCAAUAAUAAAUGAUCACACUGGAGCAUUGAAGUCACUCCUCCCCUUAAUGUACAAAAAUACUUUACAUGCUACUACAGUAGCUGUUAAUAAUCAUCCUAAUGGAAGACAUACUUUGACGGGUUACAUUGGCAAUUCAUACAUUCAACCGGUGCCGCCUCGACUAAUGGAACACGCAAGAAGAAGGAGAUCUCUCAACAAUACACUCGAGCACGAAUCCGAUAAUCAAAUUUAUCACAUUAUUCGUAAAAUUCCAGAAAUUGAUGUGAAGUUUCACUCUCAAGCAAUAGAAAUACCGGCUUCGCGAAACAUAACAUCUAGGACGAAAAGAUCGUUUCCUCAAACAGUUUAUCCCGAAGUUCUUGUGAUCGUUGAAUAUAACUAUUUCAUGACUAUCGGAUCAAAUUUAAUGGAUAAGCUAAUAUAUCUUAUGGCAUUUUGGAAUGGCGUCGACAUGAGAUACAGAAGCUUAAAAAAUCCAAGAGUUAGAUUGAAUAUUGCUGGUUUCAUUUUUGCUCUAGACACCAACGUUCUUCCAUACAUGAACAUUGAAAGACGUUAUUUAAAGAAUUCCAUAGAAGAGCUUCAGCACAAAGCAAAGUGGUUGUAUUUCCUGCAGAAGGAGAGACAUUUAGACGUCAACUACGAUCUAGCAGUUACUAUGUUUCCAUUUAAAUUAUGCGACGGAAACCCUGAACAAUGUUCGAUUCUUGGUCUAGCUAAUGUUAACGGCGCCUGUUCGAUAAAUGAUGAUUACCAAACCGUCGAUAAAGUUGGUUUUGUACGAGAUAGAGGUGCUUAUGACGGCAUUCAAACUGCUGCUCAUGAAUUAGGACAUUUGAGCGAAGGCAGCUGGUGUUUAAGAAAUUAUCCUCAACAGGGUAAGCCAGUGCGCAGAUAUUUGCCAGGAAGACGAAUGAAUGCUGAUGAACAAUGCAAAAUGUUAGUAAAUGGAACUGCAACUGUACUAGAUUACCGCAUUUGUACUCAACUUCAAUGUUCGAGAGGUGACGGUUGGGCGUUGCCUGAAGCCGCUGAAGGUACUCCGUGUGGCUCGGGAAAAUUAUGUCUUCAUGGAAAAUGUGUUCUUGAAACCAAAAUAGUUUAA